GAAAGGAGAGGAAGAGAGUCGUCCUCGGGAUUUCUCAACGCCUUCCAUCUAACCGACCAAACCAAAAACCAGGCUUUUGGCAUCGACGAGGACGAGGACGAGGACGAGGACGAGGACCAGACAACAGUGGACAGUGGGGGCGCUCUAACUGAUCCAUUUAAUGGCGUGAUGCUUCUGUCUAUCUACUCCCAAAUCACAUUGCCCUCCAUAGAAAACGUGCUCUGCUCUGCUCACCCUCAACAAACAUCGUCUACGUCUCCUCCUCCUUCCCUCCAUUCCACCUCACCUACUACCUCUACUCUUCUCUCCUUCCUUCCCUCCCCCCUCCAUAGAUACUGGUUGUUAUUUGGUGUCCAUUUGUUUCUUCUAUACCCGACAAAAUAUCUCGCAUUCGUCCUCUCUUCCACUGCCUCUCCCAUGGCCCUGAAGAGUCCCCUCCUGGGGGGCGCUGCCGGCGCUAUUUCUCAGCUGGGGCAUUCUCGUGUCUGGUCGAAUCAGGCCCUGGUCGUGUUUUCAGAUGGGGAGCGGUCGGGCGGGCUUCCGGGCCUGUCUGCUCUCCGGGCGAUAAGGUCCGCGAAGGGAGAGAGUUCGUCGAAAUCGGCCACCGAGCUGCAGCCGGUGGGUGGUCGGGCGAAUGUCAAUAUAUCCCGGAAGCCACAGAAGGAUUUGAGCUCUUUUCCAAAACCAUUGUCUGUGUCUGAUCUCUCCUCAACUCCGGAAGAUGGAUCGAAAUUGCGGAUAUCGUUCAAGGGGUUGUCGGGUUCAUACAGCGAAGAUGCCGCUCUCAAAGCCUAUCCAAGCUGCGAGUCCGUUCCUUGCAGUGAGUUUGAAGAUGCCUUUAAGGCUGUUGAACUGUGGUUGGCUGAUAAAGCAGUUCUUCCAAUCGAGAGCUCUUCGGGCGGAAGCAUCCAUCGGAACUAUGAUCUGCUCCUCCGCCACAGGCUCCACAUAGUCGGUGAGGUUCAGUUGCCUGUCAACUUCUGUCUACUCGCUCUUCCGGGUGUUAGAAUGGAGCAGCUAAAACGCGUUUUAAGUCAUCCUCAGGCACUUGCGCUCAGUGAUGCUGUUCUGACAAAGUUGAAUGUUGCCAGAGAAAAUGUCGAUGAUACGGCUGGUGCUGCUCAGCUAGUAGCAUUGAACGAGCUGGAGGAUACUGGAGUUAUUGCGAGUGCCCGAGCAGCUGAAAUCUAUGGGCUUAAUAUACUCGCAGAAAGAUUCCAGGAUAAUUUGGAUAACAUCACUCGUUUCCUUGUACUUGCAAGAGAUCCCAUCAUACCAAGAACUGAUAAGCAAUUUAAGACGAGCAUUGUCUUCACUCUUGAUGAAGGUCCGGGGGUGUUAUUCAAAGCUUUGGCUGUUUUUGCCCUGAGGAACAUAAAUUUAACCAAGAUUGAGAGCAGGCCACAGAGGAAGAGGCCAUUGAGAGUUGUCGAUGAUUCCAACACGGGAACUGCCAAGUACUUCGACUACCUUUUCUACAUUGAUUUCGAGGCUUCUAUGGCUGAAUCUCGCGCACAGAAUGCGCUCGGCCAUCUGCAGGAAUUUGCAACAUUUCUUCGAGUUCUCGGCUGCUAUCCCAUGGAUAAGAUCAUGUAGGCGAUCCGGAGAGUCUUUCUUGUUGAUACUCUCUUUUCAUUUCGGUGAAAGGUGAAACUCAGUAAGUCCGAGUCUGAAGGUUGCCUAACCAAUGCAAUAUUUCAGCAUUGCGAAGCACUGGACUCGAGAACGGAGGAUUACCUGACACAAAAUGUGAAAAAUAGGGAUAUCAAUUCCUUUCCUCUAUUGGAGGCAAGAUACUAGGAUUAUUAGCAUCGAAGUAUCAGUACGGGAAUGGGCAAAGCAGCAGACCCGCUACAUAUCUUGAGAUUGGACAGCUGAUCAGAUCAACUCGAGUUUGUUACUUUUGGGGCAAUCAUUUUCUCAUUCACUCGAUUGCCGGAAGGUUGUUGAGGCACAUAGUCUUCCGUGCGUCGCGACUUUCACAGACAUUUGUGAAUAUUGUUGUAAGACAAUUUCGUUAUCGAAUCAGCUGUUUCAUCCAAUCUUUAGCAAGCUUGUCUGGGGCUGUGGUUGAGUUGCUGGUGUACUUGUCUUUAAAUUCAUCAAUAAAUAUGUGAUAAGAUUGUACCAACUGCAUUAAAUCCAUUUUACAAUGAGUUACUAUUGGAUCUG